UCGCCUGCGGCCGCGCGGCGCGGCGGGCCGGCGCCGCCAUGAAGGAGCCGGCGGCGGCGGGCGAGGAGGAGGCGCUGCUGCGGGACUACCUGGCCCACUACGCCGCCCAGGGCGCCGAGGGGCGGCUAGCGGCGUGCGACGAGGCCGCGCUGAAGGCGAGGGCGCGGCGGCUGCUGGGCCCGCGGCGGCGCGGGGCGCUGGACGUGCGCGGCGUGGCGGAGCGGUGCCGGCGGGCCCGCGGCGGGCCGGGCGGCGGCGAGGUGCUGCGCGACCUGCUGAAGGCGCUGGAGGUGCUGGAGCUGCUCUGCGUCAACCUGCUCCUCUCCCCGUGGAGGAAGGAGAUCAAGUCGCUGAAGACUUUCACUGGUAAUUUUGUCUACUAUAUUCAAUCUGUGCUCCCAGAUGACAUAGUAAAAACAGUACUGGAGAAAAUAGGCUACAUUGCAACAACAUCAACAGAGUUUUCACUUGUCAGAAAGAGAAACAAUGAGGAAACAAAGCAGACUGCAUUUGAAAUAUUCCUGGCAAGAAUUGAGUGUGAAACCAUCCUUGAAAUGACAAAUGAAGAAAAACAAGGCAAUUUGGAGAAGACCCUACAGAAGAGAACACAAAUGCACUGGCAUCAUGGAGAUAAGGACAAAGAGGAUCAGACACCCCUGAGAGAAGACUGUGAAAAUCUGGAAAACAAAGAAAACAGUGAGACAUCUUUGUGCCUUGCUACUCAACUUAAGUCUUCAACUAACAGCGAUAUAUCCUUUGAAGCUGCUAGGAAUCUUAAGAUCAAAGAUGACAUGUCUCAGUUAGCAGUUUCUCAAUCCACUAACAGGCUUCAGGAACACCAAAGGCAAGUCAUUAACACAGUACACUUUCCAGGCAAAUGCUCAGACAGUGAGGACUUCUUGAUCAAAUAUAGUGACAUUGUCAUAAGACAAACACCUAUUUUCAGUGAGAAUCUUUCUCAAAAGGCUUUUGAAGAAAAGCCAAGAGACAGUUUAAGUGAAGAAUGUGUUUUGGCAGUCACUGCACAGUCAACUGAAAAUGAGAUCCCACCUGUGCCACUCUCACCAGGAGCAAGCGGUCCACCAGCAUUUGCAAUAUUUGCUGACAGCUCUUGUGACAGUAAAAAGAGUUUGGAGUACAAAGCUCAAGAAGUCCCUGAAGAAUCAACUGAAGCAAAAAUUAGCGAUGCCAUAAACUGCAUAGACCCAGACCCUGCAGAUGAACCCAAUGAGCUGAAGUCUCUGCCAUACAAGGACAUUGCAUCUGUCCCAGACCACAGCGUCCCUAGGGAGGAGGAAGUCUCUGAGCUGUCUUUAACCUUUACUAAACUACAAAUCAAGGAAACUCAAGAAGAGCUAAUGUAUCCAGUAGAGGAAACUGGGCAACCUGAGUCAAUAGCAUAUGUAAGUACAAGUGACAGGAAUGUAAGAGAUUUUAAUCAUUCCAAAAUAAAACGUGCAUACCCAAGUAAUGCUCAGACACAGAACAGAGCAACUGCACAUACUGAGCUGUCUUCAAAUCUAUGCUGUUCUACUAGGAACAUGGAGGGUCCAACCAAUGGGUCUGAGAAUAAGAGACUAUUAAUGGAUGGUCCUAAUGCGCAGACCGCUUCUGUGUGCUUCAGACACGUUAGGGAGCCACCUAAUCUCACCUACAUCCCACCACAAAGUAUUGAUGUCCAGGCUCCAAGCACAAGCAACACCAGUGCACAUGGUAGGAGGAACCUGUUGCAACCUGAAGGAGACUCUCCUGAAUCCAACGAAGUAAAGUUGGACAGUUAUAAUUCAAAAAUAAAUGAAAUCCAGGAGCCUUAUGUCAUCAUUGACAAAGUUGACUAAGGAAUGCAUUGCCAUCAUACUUAAUUCUACUGGUGCUUUAUUUGUAAGAUGUCUGCGUUUUUUCCUCACUUGUGGCCUUGAUCAUCUCUUCAACAAGAUCUUAUCACAACAAUUAAAAACAAUAAUACUUUUGGACAAGUGGAAAAAAAAGGGGAGGGGGAAGAAAAUAAUUGAACAAAGUUUUAAUGGCCUCUUCUCAUUUGGAACUGAGUAUUAAAACCUGAAUGGUCACCUUUCUAAAAUGUAGAUACUUUUAUAAAUUUGCUCCAUUUAAUUUAUUAUUUAAACCUCUAGAUCCCUUCUGGCUGUACUUAACGUCAGAAAAGUUUCUUCAGUUAAGCAUACUGUUACUUCUGCUUUUUUUUAAAAGACCUGUUCUUGUAACAAUCCAAGAACGAAAAUGGAGUCUAGCAUGCUCUAAAAUGACAGAAAUGGGUAAACAUUUCUGAACUGGAAGCCCUUAUGUUAUAACUUUACAAAUGUUUUACUGAAGGGUAUUUGUUAGCUCAUAACACUCCUGUGGAGCUGUGCUCUGGGCUAAUAUUUCUGUCAUUAGCUGAAAAUAGGUUUAGAAAGCUUGAUAACAUUCUCUUUUUUAAAAAAAACUUAAAUAGCCCUGUGAAUGUUUGGGGGGUUAUUUUGUGCAUUAGGGGUAAUAGCUUGGAUCUCCUAGAUGUGAUAAUCUUUAUCACAGGUUUUAUACCUAUUUGUCACUAAAACUGUUUUGUGGCAACCACUGCAAAUAAGCACUGAGCAUCAUAAUAGUUCACUGCUACCAAAAGAGGGAGAUCUUGCUACAGCUGUCACCUCCCUUGCCCCUGUUCCUACCACUUACCUUGCACCAGCCCUAGACUUCACUGGGCCUUUCUGUGAGCCAGUUUGUCUCACUAAAAGGAAGGGGAGAAAAAAAGUGGAUACACUCCCUGGCAUUUCAGUGGCUGGAGAGAAGGGGAAGAAAAAAGAAGAAAAAAAAUUUAGAGAAGGAGCCCAGUAAGUAUUAGAGCCAGGAUAAGGGAUAUCCUGUAGGUGAGUGGUGUGUGAAGAGGGUUGAGCCUAAAAGGAAAGGGAGUAAGAUUUUUACUACCAGUUCAACAGUAUGUGCGACUGCAGUUGGAAUCCUAAUAUUGAGAACCUCGGUCACCUCUAAUGCCUUGCUGGAAAAGUAUCUAAUGCAACAUUUAAUUACAUUUUGCAUUUAGAUGAGCAAGCAGUCAGCUGUACUGUGUUUCAAUAUAGAAUCUUCAAUGCUUCUUAAUAAAAAAAAUUACCUAAAAACCAGCUUAUUUCAAUACUGUUUCAAGUAACUUCAGCAACCUGCUUCUUAGUAAAAAUUACUUUGUGUCCAGUAGCACUUCAAUCCUAAGAAUGUUUGUUUCAUGUAUACCUAAAAUACUGACUGAAAUCAGUUUGUAUUAAUUGCUUACAAUGGACUUCCAUACCAAAAAACAGGGGGGAACGAGAUUAUACUGGAAAAACUCAGGACCUAAAAAUGGAAAAUAUUCUGCUUUUUGAGCAACUCACCGAAGUCCUGUCAUCGCUUAAUUCCAGUGGUGUAGGAGGAAUAAAACUUUGACCAAGCUAAUUUCAAAUGACAAGACUGCCUUCAGCUUUGGGUAGGAGUUUGGGGGGAAACAAAUAUUACAAAUAUGCAUACACAAAUCAGUAUCUCCUUGCUUUUCUUUCUUUGGAGUACCUGUGUCCUCACUAACCAUUUUGGUUUUUAUAAGAUAUAUUUUCCCCUGUGGGGGUUAUUAAAACUUUGUUUUAAAUCUUAA